AUGUCGGCCAAGGACGAUAUCAAAGGUGGCAAGUCAGAAUUUGUUGGGACAGAAGAGGUCGAACACUUGGAGAAAAAGCCUUCCUCGUCUUUGGGCGAUACGAAGGAGGAUGGCUACCUAUUAGCGGCAGAUGUGAGGCCUUCUGCAGAGAGGGCAUUGGUUCGGAAACUCGAUAUGCGCCUUCUUCCGACGAUCAUCCUCAUAUUCAUCAUGAACUACAUCGACCGGACGGCAGUGACGAGUGCUCGGCUAAAGGGGUUGCAGCAGGACUUGGGUAUGACCGACAUACAGUACAGCAUCAUUCUGGCCAUCCUUUACGCAAGUUACUGCCCCAUGCAGAUACCGAGCAACAUUGUUACCCACAAUUUCAUCGGACUUCUUCUCUGCCGGAUUUUCAUUGGUAUACCUGAGGAACUCGCAUUCCGCUCCGCUAUACUGUAUGGUGGAUUGCUGAUCUCUAACGCCUUCGGAUCAGGCUCCAUAACUAUGUUCGUUGGCUUUUGCGCGAUGUGGCUCCUCCCGGACUAUGUACGCCUCGCAGAAGAUGCCGGCGAAGCGGACGAGGAUGUUGCCACAGACUCAGCUCUAGGAGGCUUUGUCAUGGCAAUCAAGGAUCCGAAGGUCUUACUCUUGGCUUUGAGUACCUGUUCGCAGCUUUUGGGUUUGAGCUUCGUGAAUUUCUUCCCGACACCGCCAUGGCUGCUCGCGACCAUUGUGUGUUGCGUCAACGCCUGGCACGCAGACAGGACCGGAGAGCGUUACUUCCACAUCGCGGUACCUUGGUGGGGUGUCAUCCUGGCCUAUAUCAUCGGGGUCUCAACAAUGGUCACUGGAGCUCGAUAUGUCGCUAUGUUCCUCAUGGCCAUGGGCUACGCCGGUUUUGCUCUGACGCUCGUAUGGGUAUCAAACGCCGUCCCUAGACCACCGGCGAAACGAGCUGCAGCAAUCGGUAUCGUUAACGGCUUCGGAAACAUCGGAAACCUCAUCGGCUCUUUUACUUGGCCAUCUGAGUGGGGACCCGACUACCACAACUCGAUGUACAUUGGCAUAGCCUCACUCGUGUUCAGCUCCGUACUUUCACUCAUUGUGAGACAGAUGCUGAUUCGCGCCAACCACCGCCUCGCACAGUCCGAGCUGGAAGAUCUCACUGGCGCGAAACGACAAAGAAUUGAGGACGCGGCAAGGCUGGAGGGAAUUUCCGUGGAAGAGGCGCUGGAGAGGAAGAGAGGGUUCCGGUACCUGUUUUGA